CCAGUGAAGUCGAGCCCCGUGACAGGACAGAAGAUCUACUGACUCCAGAGAGAGGAUUGACAGAGUCUGAGGGGGUUCAACACCCCCACCCCUGGACAGUAGCUUGUUAGAGUUGUAGGGGUUGGCAGGGACAGGAAGAGGAUUAUCUGGGUGAUUAAAUGCAGGAAGUUUAGGUUCUGAUGGGAUAGACAACAUGGGCAAUGCAGCCAUGUGUAAGGUGUGUGGAUCAGACAAGGGCCUGAGGACUGUUGGGACAGAGUCCAACCAGGACAAGAAUGCUUUGCCAGAAUACUUCUGCGUGGAGCAUUUUCCUGUGCCACCUCCGCUGAUGCUGUCGGACAGUAACACCAGUUUUCUGCGAGCAGCAAGGGCCGGGAACAUCGACAAGGUUCUAGAAUAUCUGAAAGGAGGAGUGGACAUCAGCACCUGUAACCAGAAAGGAAACACAGCUCUACACAUCUCCUCUCUGGCGGGUCAGGCUGAUGUGGUGAAGAUUUUGUCCAAACGAGGCGCAGACAUUAAUGCACAGUCUCAGAAUGGAUUCACUCCUCUGUACAUGGCGGCCCAGGAGAACCACAUGGACGUGGUCCGGUACCUGCUGGAAAAUGGAGGCAACCAGAGCAUUGCUACAGAAGAUGGUUUUACCCCUCUGGCCAUUGCCCUUCAGCAGGGACACAACCAGGUGGUCUCCGUCUUAUUGGAGAAUGACACCAAAGGCAAAGUGCGCUUGCCUGCAUUGCACAUUGCUGCUCGUAAGGAUGACACCAAAUCAGCCGCCCUCCUCCUUCAGAAUGACCACAACGCUGACGUCCAGUCGAAGAUGAUGGUCAAUAGGACUACUGAGAAUGGAAAGAGCGGAUUCACUCCUCUGCAUAUCGCCGCCCACUACGGGAACGUCAACGUGGCCACGCUCCUGCUUAACCGCGGGGCGGCCGUUGAUUUCACAGCAAGGAACGGCAUCACCCCUCUACAUGUGGCGGCUAAACGAGGCAACACCAACAUGGUUCGCCUGCUGCUGGAUCGAGGCUCUCAGAUUGAUGCUAAAACACGGGAUGGUCUGACCCCACUUCACUGUGCAGCCCGGAGUGGACAUGAGACGGCUGUGGAGCUGCUGCUGGACCGAGGAGCCCCUUUACUGGCCAGAACUAAGAAUGGUCUGUCCCCGCUGCACAUGGCAGCACAAGGUGACCACGUCGAAUGCGUCAAACACCUUUUGCAGCACAAGGCUCCUGUUGAUGAUGUAACGUUGGACUACCUGACUGCACUGCAUGUGGCAGCUCACUGUGGUCACUACAGAGUCACCAAACUCUUGCUGGAUAAGAGGGCAAACCCCAACGCCAGGGCGCUGAAUGGCUUCACUCCACUGCACAUCGCCUGUAAGAAGAACAGAGUGAAAGUGAUGGAACUGCUGGUCAAAUAUGGAGCCUCUAUUGAGGCCAUUACAGAGUCUGGUCUAACCCCCAUCCACGUGGCGGCCUUCAUGGGUCACCUGAACAUCGUCCUGUUGCUACUGCAGAACGGAGCCUCACCUGAUGUCAGCAAUAUUCGUGGAGAAACAGCGUUACACAUGGCAGCCAGGGCAGGACAGGUGGAGGUGGUCAGGUGUCUGCUGAGGAAUGGAGCAAUGGUGGAUGCACGAGCACGGGAGGACCAGACCCCCCUUCACAUUGCAUCCCGUCUGGGAAAAACAGAGAUUGUGCAGCUGCUGCUGCAGCACAUGGCCCAUCCUGAUGCUGCUACAACCAACGGCUACACCCCRCUCCACAUCUCUGCCAGAGAGGGGCAGGUGGAGACCGCCUCYGUCCUGCUGGAGGCUGGUGCGUCACACUCACUGGCCACCAAGAAAGGUUUUACUCCUCUGCAUGUGGCAGCCAAGUAUGGAAACCUAGAUGUAGCUAAACUCCUGCUGCAGCGAUGUGCUCCUCCUGACUCUGCUGGAAAGAAUGGCCUCACUCCUCUCCAUGUUGCAGCUCAUUAUGAUAACCAGAAAGUGGCGCUCCUGCUGCUGGACAAAGGAGCGUCGCCACAYACCAUGGCUAAGAACGGUUACACUCCUCUGCACAUUGCGGCUAAAAAGAACCAGAUGGACAUAGCCACUGUGCUGCUGCAGUACGGYGCAGACACCAACAUCCUGACCAAACAGGGCGUCACUCCACUCCACCUGGCCUCCCAAGAAGGCCACACAGACAUGGCCGCCCUGCUGAUCAGUAAAGGAGCACAGAUCAACGUCCCCACCAAGAGCGGCCUGACUGCCCUCCACCUGGCGGCUCAGGAGGAUAAAAUAAGUGUUGCUGAGAUCCUCACCAAGAACGGAGCCAACCUGGACCAACAGACCAAGCUGGGCUACACUCCGUUAAUUGUAGCAUGUCACUAUGGUAAUGCCAAGAUGGUCAACUUCCUGCUUCAGAAUGGAGCCAGCGUCAACGCUAAGACCAAGAAUGGCUACACUUCUCUUCACCAAGCGGCGCAGCAGGGAAACACACACAUCAUUAAUGUUUUGUUACAGUAUGGUGCCAAACCCAACGCUAUCACUGUGAAUGGAAACACAGCAUUGGGUAUUGCCCGGAGGCUGGGCUACAUCUCUGUGGUGGACACUCUGAGGGUCGUCACUGAGGAGAUUAUUACUACAACAACAACGGUGACAGAGAAACACAAGCUGAACGUUCCAGAGACCAUGACUGAAGUCCUGGAUGUCUCAGAUGAAGAAGGCGACGACACCAUGACAGGUGAUGGAGGRGAGUAUUUGAGGGCCGAGGACCUGAGGGAGCUCGGAGAUGAUUCUCUUCCAGGACAGUAUCUGGAUGGGAUGAACUACCUCCGCUUCAACCUGGAGGGAGGACGCACUGACAGCUCAGACAGAUCCUUCACCCCCACACACCACGGCUACUACUCCCCCCGACAUGAAGGCACGAUGGAGGAUAUGCUUCGCAGUUACCAGGUCUCAUCACUCGCCAGGGAGAACGACAGGGACUCGUACCGGCUGAGCUGGGGCACAGAGAACCUGGACAACGUGGCCUUGUCCUCCAGCCCGAUCCAUUCUGGCUUCCUGGUCAGCUUCAUGGUGGACGCCAGGGGCGGAGCCAUGCGGGGCUGCCGCCACAAUGGCCUCCGCAUCAUCAUUCCCCCGAAGAAGUGYAGCGCUCCGACACGCAUCACAUGUCGACUGGUGAAAAGACAUCGCCUGGCCACCAUGCCCCCCAUGGUGGAGGGCGAGGGUCUGGCCAGCAGGCUCAUCGAAGUGGGGCCUUCUGGAGCCCAAUUUCUGGGUAAACUCCACCUCCCCACUGCCCCUCCACCUCUUAAUGAGGGAGAGAGUCUGGUUAGCAGAAUCCUCCAACUCGGCCCGCCAGGGACAAAAUUCCUUGGCCCUGUGAUCGUUGAAAUCCCCCACUUUGCCUCCCUCCGGGGGAGAGAGCGGGAGCUGGUGAUCCUUAGAAGUGAGACAGGAGAGAACUGGAAGGAGCAUCAGUGUGAACACACCCCGGAGGAGCUGAACCAAAUACUGAACGGCAUGGACGAGGAGCUGGACAUGCCCGAGGAGCUGGAGAGGAAACGCAUCUGUCGAAUAAUCACGAGGGACUUCCCACAAUACUUUGCUGUGGUGUCACGCAUUAAGCAGGACAAUAAUUUCAUCGGUCCUGAGGGAGGCAUCCUAAGCAGCACCGUUGUGCCACAAGUGCAGGCGGUGUUUCCUGAGGGGGCGCUCACCAAGAGGAUCAGAGUUGGACUGCAGGCUCAGCCAGUGACUGUGGAUGUAGUGAGGAAGAUCCUUGGUAACAAGGCCACCUUCAGCCCAAUUGUCACUCUGGAGCCUCGCAGAAGAAAGUUCCAUAAACCCAUCACCAUGACCAUCCCCAUCCCCAAGAGCAACGCUGAUCCAGUCCUCAAUGGAUUUGGAGGGGACACACCUACAUUACGACUGCUCUGUAGUAUAACUGGUGGAACAACUCCAGCUCAGUGGGAGGAUAUAACUGGAACAACCCCUUUAACCUUCAUCAAUGACUGUGUCUCCUUCACCACCAAUGUGUCUGCAAGGUUCUGGCUCAUAGACUGUCGUCAAGUCCAGGAGUCUGUCAACUUCUCCACUCAGGUGUACAGAGAGAUUAUUUGUGUCCCGUACAUGGCCAAGUUUGUCAUUUUUGCCAAAUCCCAUGACCCCAUUGAAGCUCGGCUACGAUGUUUCUGCAUGACCGAUGACAAGAUAGAUAAAACCCUGGAGCAGCAGGAGAAYUUCACUGAGGUGGCACGCAGCCGGGAUGUAGAGGUUCUGGAAGGAAAGCCRAUCUAUGCAGACUGCUUUGGAAACCUUGUUCCUCUCACUAAAAGUGGCCAGCACCAUCUUUUCAGCUUUUAUGCCUUUAAAGAAAACAGACUAGCCCUUUUCAUCAAAAUUCGGGACAACACUCAGGAGCCGUGUGGCCGAUUGUCUUUUAUGAAAGAACCCAGGAACUACAGGUCACUGACCCAAAACGCCAUAUGUAACCUCAACAUCACCCUCCCGUCGUACAGCAAGGAGUCCGAUUCUGACCCAGAGGAAGAGACCGGCAGGACGUUUGAGAAAUACGAAGAGACGGAGUCAUCAGUCCUGAAAUCUGACCUGAUUCGAGAACCAGAUCUUCUUUUCGACGUGACGGAGAUGAAACAGGAUUUGAUUAAAAUGACUGCCAUCUUGACUGCAGACUCAACAGAGAAUUCUCCUUCUAUAGGAGGGUGUGGUCUAGAAAAGGGAUCUGAGGAGGUUUCUGGAGAACCAUUAGAAAUAAUGGAGAAAGACCUUGAGAAAGUCAAAGAGGACCUAGAGAAAGUCAGUGAGAUACUGAGGAGUGGGACAUGUGAAGGUGACGUAGCAGAGGAGGGAGCAGCUAGAAUGGCCGAGGAGUGGGUUAUCCUCUCAGACAAUGAGGUAGAGGAGGCCAAACAGAUGGCUGUGGUAGAAGUUAAGGAGCCUGUCUUACGUGAAAGUAGACCUAACAGAGGGACUCCCAGACCAAAAGCCAUCAAGGGCAGUGGUGACCUUAAGGAAUACCUUGCUGAUGCACCAGGGAGCUCCAAGGUCAAAGUUAAAAAGGAGACGGGUAUACAAGAAAAAAUUACUAACGUUGUUCUACGCAAAAGUGCAAAACCAAGCACUCCAACCAAAGUUCAUGACAGUGCCACCACUGGUGAUGUUAAAAAACCAGUGAGAAAGAAGGGAAAAGCCCAGGAGCAGGCAGAAGGAUCAGCAGAGGCUCUUCUUAGUGUUCCUGCAGGUCCCACUCCAGCAUCUCCCAAGUCCCCAGUGAUUGAAGAAACUCCCAUAGGGUCAAUAAAGGACAAAGUCAAAGCCUUACAACAGAAAGUAGAGGCAGAGCAAAAGAGUAAAAAGCUCACAGGAAGCAAGCCUUCACAUUUGCCUGUCAUGGGUAAACCAUCACCAAAAGCCAAAGAAAGCCCUACAUCCAAACAGACCCUUCCCAAAUCCCCUAAAUCUCAAUCUGAAAAACUUGAGGAAACUAUGUCUGUUAAAGAGCUGAUGCAAGCAUUCCAAACAGGACAGGACCCUUCAAAAAGAAAGUCUGGUUUAUUUGAGCUCAAAACAACGUCAACAAGAUCAGAGAAAACCACCAAAUCUGAAACUCUUCAGUCAACAUCUACCAUUAAACCAGCAACCUCACAGGUCUCACAAGAAGUAUCAGUGGAUUCCAAACCGGUCCACAAAGACACUACAUCACAAGACCCAGUGUCAGCUGCUCACUCCGAGCUAAGUGAAACUAGAGACUUUGGAAACGGUGGCCUUGAUGAUAGCUCUGAUAGCGGUAAACAUGAGGCUGUGGCAGACUCAYUAAGUGCAAGUUCUGGAAAUGGAACCCCUCACCUGAGCUCUGAAGACAGCUGCAAACAUGAAGGACUGGCCACUCCAGGAACAAGCCCUGAAAGCCUGUCUGCUCAGCAAACAGAUACAGCUCUGCCAUCAGCUCCCACAAAACCUACUGACAUUAAAGAGACAGAAAAGUCUGGAGACUUGGGUGUAGGGACCUCUGAGGACCAGCUGUCUGCAGAACUGACCCUUCCUGUCUCUGCCAGUGAGGCUACAGAAGACCACACAACAAGUGAGUCUAURUAUGUUAGGAAGAGUGAGUCUAAGCCAUCUAAACCUCAGAAGCUUACAAAGAGAGUUUCAGAGACUGUUGAAACGUUUCUUAGUGACGAUGACAGCCCUGAGCAUCAGUUAGGAUCAUCUUUAGUUGGUUCUCCAGCCUCUAGAUCCCCCUCUCAACUCCAUGCACAUUUUGAGCUGCCUUUGAAACCAGAGUCAGACAAUCUCAGCCCAUUAGCUGAUGACUCUCUGACAAUAAGCCAUAGAGACUCUCUUGAAGGUAGCCCUGUUUUGGAAGAUAAUUCUCUCCAUAAGUCCCCAGACUCUAUUGAACCCAGUCCUACCAGGGAUUCACCCCUUCACGAUUCCCUGGAAAGCAGCCCAGUAGAACAAAAAAACCACCCAUUCUUACUAGAUCCUGGUAGACCCUGUAGCCACCCAGAACCCUCCAAAGCCGCAGACUUCACCCAAGAUGUUUUGCAUGGUAGGCUGCUUCAAGACCACGAGGCUAGUGCUGUUGAUGACAGUUGUGAGCAGACGUCACAGAUGACGAGUUCUGCAGGUUUGCAUGAAGGAACCCACAGCAAAGAGGGCAAGAGCACAACAUCAGCUACUGUCACGUCAGAGGGACCUUCUUUUGUCUCAGACCAGCAUCACUCAAAGUCUAAACUGAAACCUGCACAGGGAGAACAAGUCCCCUCGUCUGUCCAAGCUGAUUCAGAUGCUUGGAACAAAACAUCAACAUCAAACACUGAAAACAGAACUGAUGAGCAAAAACAGGAGAUCUUAAUGAAGUCAAGUAAAAAUAAAAGAGACUGUAAGGACAAUCAGAAGUUAGAUGUUAGUCAGGCACAGACAGGUCUGCAAAAACCAGGUGGGAAUGCAACAAAUGAGGUGAAGGAAAAUAACUGGGGACAGUCAGGGGGAGCAGUGGCUGGGCAUUCUACAGCUGCUGCCUCCGAUCAAACAAAACUUAAKGUCGGCAUCCACCACGACACAGACGAAGGUGACCAGGCCUCGGAUCAUCCCAGAACUGAAUCCAAAGGAGUUACUGCUAGAGUGGACACAAAGUCCUGGUCCGCCAUGCGAGAGGAUGAUGCAGCUUUUGCAGCUCGUGUAAAAGAAGAAGAGCAGAAGAUUCUCAAUCUGGUGGUGGAGCGUCCGUCUCUGCAAGCCACUCCUGACACGACCCCUGGUAGAACACCUACAGAAGAGAGCACUCCCACCAGUGAGCCUAAUCCUUUCCUCUUCCAAGAAGGGAAGCUGUUUGAGAUGACGCGUAGUGGUGCUAUUGAUAUGACUAAAAGAAGCUAUGAGGAGGAGGGAGGGGGCUUUGCCUUUUUUCAAAUAGGUGAACAGCCUUUAGAAGAACCAGUCUUAGAAGAGGUCAGACUAGAAGGAAGAUCAGUGGCAGAGUCAGCAAUAGGCCUUAAUCUAUCACUAGAGCUUAAGAUUGAUCAAUCCAAACCUGAAGGAGAUCAAUCAGGYUGUAAAACUGAUACUAUCAAGUCUAAAAUUCCUAAAAUGGGCACAYUAUCCUCAGCCAAAAUUACAAAGAAUGAUCAGACACCUCCUGAAAUUCUUGAGACUAAAACAGACAAACUUGUAAAUGAAGGAACUUCAGCUUUAGACACAAGUUCCUCUGAACAAACACUCACAAAUGUACAAACUGCAGAAACCACUGUCACUAGAUCAGUUUACCCUGAGCAGGUGCAGGAGUCAUCUGAUUCAUCCCCAGAAGAGGGUAAGUCAGUGGUGGAAGUCCCCAAAACAACAGGCAAGUCUAAACAAACUGCUUCCCASAGCACUAAGAAGACUCAAAGUACAGUCAAAGCUCAAGCUAAAUCUUCUACUCAGGGUCGAGGAAAAUCUAUGAUUCCUUCUCCGUCACAUGCGAUGCCCUCUUCAACCACACUUAAAAAGGAGGGCUCCUUCACUUUGGAUUCUAAAUCYAAGAUUCCUGUCAAGGCUGGCACUGUCAAGACUGAGUCUAACRUCAAACGAGAAGACAAAAAGAAUAAGGUUCCUGUAAGGAAAGAUACAAGGAGAAAAUCUGAGGCAGAUGCAGGUCCUUCUGUGGAUGUAAAAACCAAGACGUCUUCCAAAGCCAAGAGCUUCUGUGAGGGAGAAUCCAAGUCACCAGCUAAGAAAGAACAGGGUCGUCCCUCAAGUUCUGAAUUGGCAAAAUCGAAAGGUUUUCAGUCCAGAUUGCCAGUCCGGGGCAAAAGUGGGCAGUUACCUCAUACGUCAACAUCCAUUAAAGACAAAAGCAACCCUCAGAAACACUCCAGUGAGUUCUUUGAAGCGAUCAGUGAUGAAGCCGCAAAACUGGUGGCAAGGUUGGCUCAGGCAGAGGCAGAAAAGGAGGAAGAGGCUGUUGCUGCCCUCUCUGAUGAUGACAGCAGUCUGAUUGAUCCAUCAGUCAUAGAGAGAGAAACGUUCCCAGUGCUGCAGUUCCAACCUUCAGGAGACAUCUUUCCUAUUAGACCAUUGUGGGACGACCCUGUUGAGACACAGAUGCAGCGAAUUCCAGACGAUAAAGUCCAAAGUCAAGUAGAUCCACAGGAUGAAGCAGAAAGAAAAGAACAACGGUUGGCCAUUAUAGCUGACCACUUGGGCUUCAGCUGGACAGAGUUAGCACGAGCAUUGGACUUGAGUGAGGAGAAGAUCGACAUGAUAAGAACUGAGAACCCCAACUCACUGCAGGACCAGAGCUACGCCCUGUUAAAACUCUGGACAGAGAGUGAGGGACAGCAGGCCACAGAAGUGACACUUCUCAAGAGGCUGACRAUGAUCAACAGGAUGGAUAUCGUUCACCUUAUUGAAACCAAAAUGAACAAAUUUGAAGAGGAGACGUCGUCACAUACCUACGCAGAGAUUGAGCAGACCAUGGCUCUGGACCAUGGUGAAGGUUUCUCUGCCCUGCAUGAAGACAUGGAUAGUCCAAGGCCCAGUAGAUGCAGAGACGCUGCAGGAAGAAGUCCAGCUUCAGGACAGGAGGUACCCAUGGUGUCAGCAGAGGAGCUGUCCUUCAGUUUGUCCUCACUUCAUGAGACAUCAGGACAAUCUACAGCAACAGGUCCUCUGCGAGGUGCCCAGAGAGAGACACUCCACGAGGAGGCAGAAACAAUACAGUCGUCACAAACAAUCUAUGAGGAAGUGACAGACUCACUACACGCAGGAAGUUAUAAACAAGCAGAUCAUUUGCCAGACAUCCCACCGCAGACCAUCACAGAGGAGAAGUACACAGAUGAACACGGUAACAUGGUGGUGAAGAAAAUCACACGGAAGGUGGUGCGCAAGUAUGUGUCUCCGGACGGUUCAGAGACACAGGAAGUGAGCGUGGAGGGCUCUCAGCAGGAGGCGCUGCAGAUAGAGGAGGGAGACUCUGUGUCCAGGGUGGUGAAGAGGACAGUGCUGCACACACAGGGAGAUCAGAGAGAGCUGACCUUCUCUGAGCCUCUGGCUCUGGGCRCCGCCACAGCCUCAGAGUUCGAGGUGGAGCCAGUUCAGGGUCGAAAGGUCAGCAAGGUUGUCAAGACGACGAUGGUGAGGGGCGAGAGGACAGAGAAGCUGAGAGGAGACCCCUCACUGGCCGCAGAUCUCCCCUCAGCCCGGGAGGACUUUGAGAAGGCGUUGAGUUAUGCUGGAGGCUUCGGGACAGUUCUCCUGCCUCAUGUGGUGGAGAAGCAGGUUGAACUGGACGACGGGUCUGUGGUGAAAAGAAGUCAGAUGCAUAAGUGUCGGACCCAGAAGAGGACUGUGGUGAGGGAUGCCCAGGAGAAACACGUGCACCUGGAGCGUCUGGAUGACACCCCAGAUGCCCUGCAGCCUGACGCCCUGCAGCAGCACCUGCACCGACUGCUCCAACGCUACUGUGAGGAGGAGGAGGAGCAGGAGGAGGAGGAGGAGGAGGAGAUGGACUGAGAUGCUGCUUCCUUUAUGCUCACACUACAUCUUCCACUAAAACCUUCAGACGUUUGCUUCCUCAGACUUAAAUGUUCAUUCUGAUGGUUUUUCUUGGUUUGUAAAAAAAAAAAAAUAGCUGACAGGUUUAUGUGCUUUAACAUGUUUCCUUUGCUCUGAUUGUGACCAAAGAAAGCAUCCUGCAUCGUUUCACUAAAAAUGUGAUUCUUUAACCCCUCGGCUGCUGUGAUGCGUCUAAAGGCAGGUCGCUCCCACACGGGCCUCUUCUCAAACAACUCUUGUAAACAUUUGUACAUAAAGGAUGGCGCUGGGACUGGGGGGAAAAGGAAAACAAAGUGAAAGCAUUUAAAACAAGAGCCUCCGUCCUCCUGCUGUACACACGACCCAGCUGGAGAAAUACUGGACCCCCUCAGACUACCGCAGAAUUCACCGGAGGAACGGGUGUGUGUCUCUGAUCCUGUGUGUUCUCAACCUUCAUCUUCACUGUGUGUGUAUGUGUGUGUGUGUGUGUGUGUGUAAAUAGUGCUUACUGAGAGAGUAAGCAGGACUGUUUCAGAGCCCCGUCACACUUGGACUGAACUUCCCUCCAGAACCCAUCUCCUCGUUUCUUCUUAGUGUCAACAAACCAACAGAAUUUAACUUCAGUCCACAGAAGGAAUGCAUUUCACACAGUCCACUUUUUUUAAGCUAUAUUGGUCAAACUUUGUAAAUAACGUCCUGCACGAUGUCACGCUCAGAUGUUGUGUUGGGGAUGACUCUCACUAUCACCACGUCAUGUUUUAAUUCAGCAUCUGUAAAUUGGACUGUUAGUUAUUGCUGUGGUGGCCAUCUUGAAUUUGUUCCACACACAGAACUCUGCGUUGAUCUACAAACACAUCAAAUCUUACUAUAAAAUCUGUAAAAUAAAUUAUAUUCUAGUCACGUUUUUGUGUUUUCUAAAUCAGUUAGCUGUGGCGGCCAUCUUGAAUUAGGUUGUCUUUAGAAUGUCUCAUUACAAUCCAUGCAGAGGUUAAUGAGACAUUUUGCUAACAGACAAGGUUGAUGCCAAAGCUUUAAGCAAAAAAUUGUUGAACACAAAGCGCUUUAAGUGUUGAGGAUGACUCAGCUACUACCACACCAAAUUUUAGCUUAUAACUGGCUGAAGUGAAGCUAUUCAGAUGUUUUGUGGCAGCCAUCUUGAAUUGGAUAAGUUAGAGGAACAUCUAACAGUUCAAUUAAAAACCAAAAGCAAUGUUUCCUUUUACAUUUGCGCAACAAUAAAAUGGCCUGCGAGCCCACACAGGCUCUGCUAAAUGAUGUUUCAGCAGGUUUGUUGACACUGAGCCGAUCUUUGUUUUAAUCCUGUUUUCUAUCAGAGAAUGGUCCACCUCAGUCAUUAGCAUGUGUGUACCUCUUUAUUUAUUGCUGUCUGUGCUUUGUGUGUGUUUGUUCCAAAGCUCCUGGUUUGGUUGAGAGCUUUCAGACUGAAAUACUGCUUUGACAUGAAAGAAGCCUCCUGUUUCCAUUGUGACAACAUUAAAUACAUAUUUAACAGCGCAAAUAUGUACGCGGGCAUGUACGGUCAGAUUUACUGACAAAUAAAAAGCUGAAACACUAACGAGACAUAGCAGCUGCAGUGUUUACAUGGCAGAACAAUAAAAGUACGUGUGUCAAACAG